UUGACAUUGACGUAUAUAACUUGAAAAACUUUAUCAAUUUCGUUUUCAUUUCUUCGUAAAAAUUGAUAAUUUAAAGUGUAAAUAAUGAUUCAGUAAUUACAAAUAAUUCACGCUGGUUAUUAGUGACGCAGUAAACAAAUUCACCCUGAAUCUGAAGCGUUGACUUAAAGCUAAAUAGAAAGACAAGUCAAAAGCGGCAAGACCGAAGUUUAAAGUUUACUUUUAAGAUUUACAUUUUAAUUAAAACCUAUUAAAAUGAGUAUAUCUGAAAAAGAAUGGUUUAUCGAAGCACCAUGGGGCAGGUUAUGUGUGGUAGCGUGGGGGGACUGCAUGAACCCUCCAGUUCUCCUCGUCCACGGCUCCAGAGACACGGCAGCUACCUUCAGACCACUAGUGGCAAUGUUGCCCGAUAAAUUCUACUAUAUAGCAAUAGAACUGCCAGGUAAUGGCAAAUCGGACAGUUAUCCGCCCGGCAUGAUGAUCAGCGUUUACGACCUCGUGUACGUCGUCACGUUGGUCGUGAGACAUUUCCGUUGGGACAGAUUCACGUUCGUGGGACACUCGCUCGGGACGCUCAUUGGUAAACUAUACGAUUUAUCGUACCGCGGUUCAAUAGCCAAGGUGGUGGAGCUGGAUCCUGUCACUAAACACAUAACAGUGCCACCCAGCAAGUUUGCUGAAUGGUACCACAGAUCGUUUACGGCUUUUUACGAGCAGUACGAGAAAUUGAAUUCGCCUAAAGAAAAGGCACCUUCUUAUACCAGGCGGCAGGCGAUAGACUCGAUUAAAGAGAACAGAGGUCUCACCGAAAAGACUGCAGCCGAUACAGUAGACAGAAUGACUGAACCAGCCGGGCGGGGUAGAGUCAGAUUCACCUCCGACCGCCGAUACAAAUACAUCGCGGCCGUUCCAUUCUCUCCCGAACAUUUGAAACGGGUAUUUACCAGUAUCACUACGCCCACAUUGAGCAUAAUGGCGGAAAAUUCAAUCAAAAAAGGCUUAUAUAGGAACGCGGAGUUUUUACUAGACGAGGGUAGUUUUAAAGCGAACAAUUAUAGGGUCAGAAGAGUGGAGGGGGGUCACGAUGUGCAUUUUGUUAAUCCGGAGAGAGUCGCCGGUUUUGUGACACAGUUUUUGCUGUACGGAUUAGAGGGGGUUGAGAGUAAGGCUAAAUUGUGAAUGUUUUAAUUGUAGGAUAUAUAUAUGCAGGGUGACUUUUAAUUCAACUGCAUAAAUUUAACUGUUAAGUGUACUCAUCUAAAGGAUAUUUAAAAACGUUAAAAGAAAAAUAUCGGUCCAUAUUUCAGAAAGUACGAAAAAAAAUAAAAGUAUCAAAAUCCACGAUUCUAAAUACGUAAUAUCACCCCGGCCGGCGGAAUAGCGACGCGUAAGAUUCAGAGGUCAACGACACAAUUCAUUCAGCUGAGCAAUCUCGACAACUCUGUACUUUACUUGAUCUUGAUACUAGAAAAAUAAUUUAUUUUUCAGACAUUUAUUUACAUGUUUAGUUUUAAUUUCUUUUUGUAGUAUUGGUCUUUAAUAAAGCGUGUGUGUGCGUAGUUUCUGAGGGUUUUUAAAUUUCAAAAUGAUGUCUUUUAAUUUAAAUAAAAAAUAUCUCAAACGGCUCAGAAGCAUGGGUAUAGUCUAUGUUUAAAAGGAUGCGGAUGUUUUAAAUGUCACCCUGUAUAAAUAUGUAUAUUGUGGAUUAAAUGAAGUUUGAGCGACCCAACGAUGUUUAUUUGUUUGUAAUAUCUUUAUUGCAUAGAAAUUUACACUAUGAGAAGAACAUACUUAUAAAAGAUACAAAUCACUUGCAAUAGCGGACUUAUCCCAUGAAGGCAUCUCUUCCAGCCAUCGGCAAACAAUAAAGGAACUAGAUAAUUCAGUAAAAAGUAGUAAUACCUAUCCACUAAAUAUAUAUGUAUAAACUUAUUAAUAAAUAAACAUACAUAAACUAUUAACUGAUGUUAUUAUAUGUUAUUAAUGCCUCUCCGUCUAUCUGUCACGGAUAUACAUUGGAUCGAUUUUUAUGAAAUUUUAUGUCGAUAAAGAUUAGCUAAUUUCCCGAUUACAAACAUAAAAAAUGCAAUUUAAAAUUAAAAAUUUUAUUAGUGAAGACCUGUAAUUGGCUCUUAAAUGUAUAAUUGAAAAUCUAAUGAUUGUAUAACUUGCUGUUGGUCAUCCAAAUAUAUAAAAUAAAAAUAAAAUAAUUUUUUUUUUUUUUAAUUCCACAUGAGCGAACUUCGGACAUAACAUAAGACGUCUGUAUCCCCCGCGGGGUAGACAGAACCAACAGUCGUUAGAAGACAGAAAUGUACUGACUGAACGAACUUCGGACCUAGGCUAGAUUUAUUUAAAAAAAAAACCAUUUAAAUUAAUUAAUAUCCCCGACCAAAAGAAGUUUC